CAUAACCUAAUAAUUUAUUAAUUUAAAUCUUUACAUCUUUACCAGUUUUAAGUUUUCAUAAAACAUCACAAUGUCCACAGAAAUUGAUGAAAUUGAUAAAAUAAUCGAAAAAACCGAUUUGAAAUGCAUGCUGGAGUUCGAAACGCAAAUAUUCCUGGAUAUAACUCACAAUGAUGGCAUAGUAGUUGCAGCAAAAGGAAUUAACUUAGACUUAGUGAUAUUUAACUUAUUAAAAGUAUACUGUGAUCCAGGAAAUUUAGUUUUGGUUAUAAAUGCCACCGAAACCGAAGAAAAACAUUACAAGGAAAAAUUGAACGAUCCUAACGUGUACAUCACAACUUCAAAUACAAGUACUAAGGAAAGGGAAGAUCUGUAUUUAUCCGGAGGCAUAAAUUUUGUUACAACGCGUAUAUUAGUAGUCGACAUGCUGAAAAAACGACUCCCUAUUGAAAAAAUUACUGGGAUAGUAGUUCUCAGGGCCCACUCGAUUUUCGAAAGUUGCCAGGAAGCUUUUGUGUUAAGAUUGUACAGACAAGGCAACAAGACAGGGUUCAUAAAAGCCUUUACCAAGAACGUUCAGAGUUUCACGUUCGGUUACGGGCAAAUUGAGAAAGUAAUGAGAGCUCUAUUUGUAAAGGAGCUGUAUAUUUGGCCUCGGUUUCAUUCCAUUGUUACGAAGAAUUUGAAAGAACGCCAGCCAAUUGUAUGCGAACUUCAUAUCCCAAUUCCCGAGAAAAUGAAAAAAAUGCAAACCUACUUAUUGGAACUGAUGAAUUUAACGGUGAAGGAAUUAAAGCGAAUUAAUAAAACCAUAGAGCUACAGGAAAUAACAGUGGAGAAUUGUUUAACGAAAAAAUUUCACAAAAUAUUGCAAGCUCAACUAGAAACUAUCUGGCAUCAAUUGAGUAAAAACAGCCUGCAAUUAGUGGAAGAUUUAAAAACCUUAAGGCAAUUAAUGGUUACCAUGUUUCAUACUGAUCCCAUUUCAUUUUAUUCUGCUGCGUUAAAUUGCCGCAGUAAAGAAUACGCACAAAGAGCUAAUUGGGUUCUUUUAGAGCCCGCGGAAUUGCUUUUUUCCCAAGUAAACUCAUUUGUAUUCAAUAAAGAUAAAGAAUUUCAACCAGACUCUUGUCCAAAAUGGGAACCUUUACUGGAGAUAUUGAACGUUGAAGUACCUGCUGAAAUGAAGAAAGCUAACAUAACAGACAGCCUUAUUCUAAUUUUAUGCAAUGAUUAUAAAAGUUGUUAUCAGUUGAAAGAGGUCUUAACAAGAGGUCCACAAAACUAUUUAUACAUUAAAGCACUUGUAAACAACAUACCAAUCAAAAAAAUUAGCAAAUCUUUUAAUGUGAACCAGGAUAUUGUUAAUGUAGGGAGCAAAGAUGACGAAACCUUGCCAUCGAAAAAUAAGAAACUAAAAACAUCAUCGACAUCCGAAAUCUCAGAAAACGAAUCUCUGGAAAAUCCCCUUGUUGAAGAUUUUCUAAACAGUUAUAUUCUUACAAUGAGUCAGACGAUUUGCGAAGACAAAUCCGAAGAUCGCUCCAACGAAAGUAGCUACGUAUUCGAACCUUUCACGCAGAUGGAAAAUAUGGAUCUAACGCAAAUUUGCCAAAUGAUCAACGAACCGAAAAUUCUCAUCCAAACAUUCAAAGGAUCUGAUAGAUUCAUUAACUUGCAAUGCACUUUGGAAAACGUGAAGCCGAAUUUCAUUAUCAUGUACCAUUGCAGCAUGACGGCUGUGAGGGAAAUUGAGAUGUACGAAGCCCAUCGACAAAACGAAGCACCAACAAAAGUAUACUUUCUCCUGCAUGCUGAUACUGUAGAGGAACAAAGUUAUUUAACCACUCUUAGAAGAGAAAAAGAGGCAUUUGAGUUCCUUAUUGAAACCAAAUCAACUAUGGUAAUUCCUGCAGAUCAGGAUGGUAAAUCUGAUGAUUGCUUAACGCUUCAAAGAAAUUUAUCUACCCCAGUAAAAAACACUCGAGAAGGGGGUAAAGACCAAGUACCCACAAGACAAUUAAUUAUAGUCGAUAUGAGAGAGUUCAGAAGCGAUCUUCCUGCUCUUAUACAUAAAAGAGGAAUUGAUAUAGAACCUUUAACUAUUUCUAUAGGCGAUUACAUAUUGACUCCAGAGAUUUGCGUCGAACGAAAAAGUCUCUCAGAUUUGAUUGGUUCUCUAAAUUCAGGUAGAUUGCACCAGCAGUGCACGAACAUGUCUCGAUACUAUUCACAGCCUAUGCUACUGAUAGAAUUUGAUCAAAACAAGCAAUUUGGAUGGCAGAGUUAUAUGAUCUCUAGCGAUUCUAAUAAUUUUGAUGUGCAACAAAAGUUAUUGGUAUUAACCAUGCAUUUUCCGAAAUUGAAAAUUAUUUGGAGCCCCAACCCUUAUGCAUCAGCGCAAUUAUUCGAAGAAUUAAAGAUGGGAAAAGAAGAUCCGAAUAUUGAAUUCGCAGCUUCUCUCGGCGGGGAACAAGACUUGGAUAUAGUACAAUCUAAUUACAAUUCGAAUAUUUAUGAUUUUGUUCAAAAGUUACCAGGAAUAACGUCUAAAAAUAUUGAUCUGUUUUUAAGGAAAGGCGUUAGUUUAGAAGAAGUAGUCAAAAAGAGUGAGGAAGAACUGAAAGAAAUUGUAGGUAACUCAACAGAUGCUAAAACAUUAUACUCAAUAAUACACGAAGAGCAAAAACCAAACGAAAAUAACGAAAAACAGAAAAAUAAAAUGAAGGGUAAGUUUAGAGCUUUCAAGAAAAAAUAAUUUGUACUAUUAAGUAUUAAA